UUGCCUUCAUGAGGUUUGUAAAACGCGAAAAUCGCGUGUUACUAAAACGAAGUAACUAUAUUUUAAAUUAUCAUUAAAAAUAACAAUCUAUUUUAGAGGUUUCUUGUGAUUUUGAAAAAUAAAGUGUUAUUGUAUAUCACAUGUUUGGAACUGCUUUUUAUAAUUUAUAAAUAAGAUUUUAAUAAAAGGUAAAUAUAAGUUAUAAAAAUAAAAGUGAGACAUAUUAAACAACAAUGAAUGAUAGUGAACGAACUACAGAUAUGUCUACAGACUUUACAGUUAGUGAUCUUGAUAGUUUGGGGAAAUUUAAUCUGAGCGUCAAUCUAACUGGACCCUUGCAAUUUGGUACUGAAUUGGAUAUUUUGUUUCAACCGGAAAACGUGCUGAUAGCGCUUUACGUGCCCGUAAUCUUAUUAUCUUUGGUGACUAAUGUAUUGCUAAUUAUAGUGGCUGUGAAGUGCAAUUAUACAAAGAAUGUUACGAAUAUCUUCCUCGUGAACCUAUCGCUAGCUGAUCUGCUGGUGACAGGGGUGUGUAUGCCGAUUCAGCUCAGUAAAGCCAUCACUUUGGUCUGGUUUUACGGGGAGACUGUCUGCAAGAUCGUAAAUUAUAUACAAGGUGUUGCCGUCGCAGCUAGCGUAUUUACUCUGACAGCUAUGUCGGUAGAUCGUUGGCUGUCAAUAUCUCCAGAACCUCGACUUCGUCCCCCGGGCAGACGACAGGCUUUACUAUUGCUCACACUGCUAUGGAUCGUAGCUCUAUUGAUCUUCAUACCGCUAUUCUUAGUAGCAUCAGUUCGAAAAGAAUCUAUACCAAUUAUAUCCAAGACAGAAAAAAAUAUUUCUAUACUGACAAAAGAUGUUAAUUUUUGUACAGAAGAGUGGCCCAGCCCAGAGACGAGAAAACAAUUUGGCACAUUAAGCUUUACGUUAGUGUACGCAAUACCAGGAUCAAUCACGAUAUUGUCAUAUGCAUUCAUGGGUAGGACUCUUUGUUCGGUGCGGCCGCCUUUCGAUAUUGAUGAAGGGAAUGUCAGCAUGCAACAGGGCUUGCGACUAAUGAAAGAGAGGAAGCGUGUGGCAUGGAUCCUAUUAUUGUUGGCUGUUUUAUUUGCUCUGUGUUGGAUGCCUUACAAUAUUAUGCAACUAUUGCUUGAUAUAAAUGCUGUUAAUACUAAAGCAUUGAGCUUGGUUCUUCCUUAUGCCCUCUUUGUCGGUCACGCUAACUCGGCCAUCAAUCCUAUAGUAUAUUGCUUAAUGACGAGGAACUUUCAGCGUUCGGUACACAAGCUGCUUUGUGGACGAGCCGUGUGUCAACAGACCAAGUUUACGUGGAGGUGCCACCAGAAACCGGACGGGUCUUCUAGUGAUUAUGAGCUUUAUCACGAGCCACAUAAAAGAUGUUAUUUACAACUGAAUGCGCUCCGUUACAAUGGGCACAUAAACGCAGCGCCGAUGUUGCGCAGCACGGCGCACGCAACGACACAACUCAGUCACGUCACGCGAUCAUCUCGACGCACCGCUCCCGCACACACGCUUUCGGCAGACAUGCUGCAGAGACACGGUCAUAUUGACUACACACGAUAGUUUAAUCAUACUAAUUUGAUGUGUAUUUAUGUCUAUACAAAAGGAGGCUGAUGCCCUGAUAGUACCUGGUUAUCUUUGUCUAUGGAGGUCUGUAUUAUAGAUUCGAUCUUAUUUCCAUUAAUUUUUCUUUGCGAUGGUACAUUCAGAUCAGAAAAAAUACGAACCUAUUUACAAGAUAAUGAAUAUAUCGGUGUAAUACAUAAAUGUAAUCCUAUACUAAAUAAUUACAUUAAAAAUAAAUUGAAUCUUAUCAAUAUUAUCACGAUUUUAUUUGUAAAUAUUGUACAACUUGUACAUAUAAUUAAUUAGUGAAAUAUGGAAGGAUACAUCAAAACUAUUUAUCUCGUCUAAAAAUGUAU